GGGGCUGGAGGUGGGGGUCUGUGGAUGGGUGGCUGGAGUUCUGAGGAGUGGUAUUUGUACAGGGCUUGAGGGACAUGAGGGGACAACCACGGGAGAUCUGGGCGGAGCGGGUUCCAGGCGGACAUCCAGAGCCCAUCCCUGGGCCCUCUGCAGCCUGAGCCCUGCCGCCCUGGCUUCCCGCCACUGUCCCCCAGCCACACCUACCUCUCUGCUUUCACAACUCCGUGCCUUUGCAUUAUUUCCUCUGUUUAAAUGGCCCUUACGCAUCUUCCUCAGGUGAAAUCGCCCUUCAGAACCCAGCUGCAAUGUCAUGCACACCCACCUGGCCACCCCCUCUCCCACCCUCCUGCCUCCCCUCAUUGCUUCCUCCACGCUGCCCUGUUUCUAACACAGCCUUGUCAUCAUGGGAGAUUUGUUUGGAUUUCCAUGCCCCCUCUAGAUUGUAAGCCUUUCCCAGCAGGAACCUGAUCACCCCAGUAGUCCUGGUGCCUCAAAGCAGGCCUGGGUCAGGACAGGUGCUAAUUGAUUGUUGAAAACUUGAAUGAAUGAGGGAGAGAGGGAGGAAGAGAGAGGAAAGAAGGAACUGAGGGAAUGAACUUGAAAACCUUUCUUUGAAAGUAUGAAGCAUGCUGAGAAAAGGAUAAUAGAAUGAAAAGUGAAUUCAGAUGUAAAAUAACCCCGGAGUUACCUCCAUGAGUUUAGCCAGAUUCCACGUGCUACCCUACCAUGGUCACUGGGCAUUGGGGCUCCAUCGAGGCACAAUCAAACUGCAAGUUCACCUACAUUUCUAGGGCGGGAACCUUCCGAAAGUAGGAGUGGCUUAGCCCGGUUCUUUCAAGUCUGCGUGUUUUUGAGAUUUUCCAUGUUUGGUGGGUUAGAUUACAAGAAUGCAAACCCAAAUCUACUUUCUGUAUAACCACAUCCCUUCUUCAGCAGUCUGGUUUUGGAAAUAAUACUCCGUGCCAGAAAACAAAACCCGUAACAAUGUGCUGUCUUCUUCCUGAGCAACGCUCACAGCUUUGCCUCUAGGCUGAGGUCACAUUUUCUAAAGUUCAUAAAACAUUCCUGUCUGAUCAGCGAGUAAGGUGGGGAAGGUGGGUUAAAUAAAGCACCUGCAGGCAAUGCUGCAAGCAGACUCCUACGUUUUGGUAUUUCUGUUUUCACUGGAUAGAAGAAAGAACUAAACAGGUCUUUUUCUUUUGUGAAAAUCAGUAGUAGACUUGUAAUUGAUGUCUAACAGUCCACUCGUGUUUUUUAGUGUUUUUCUUUAAUGCCGGUCAACUCCAACUCUCUCAAAUUCCCAUGGGCUACAGUAAUGCAAUCUGAAGUCAGAUCCUCUUACUAAUCAGUGAUUAAAGCUACAGAAAGAUAUUGCUGCAAUUCCAAAAUAAACACCGAAUCUGUGUGGGAGUUUCAGGAUUACAGGCCCUCUGAUGACCUACUCAAAAGGGAAAAUGACAGAAUCAUAAGCCAAAGGAGCAGCUGAGCCCAAGGAAAGCUAAGAUCAAGAGCAGAUUUCUGCAGAGUGCUUGAAAACUAGGAGUGCUGCUGUGGAAGGACCAAGCAGUCAAAAGAACGGGAAAAAAAAGACAAAUCUCAUACAUCAGGAUUAGAAGGCAUGAGAAAAUUUAACCCAGCAGGUCCCAGAGGAGAGAAGCAAAUUCUGUUUAGUCAUCCUGACAAGCAACAUUGGCAAGUGACGUCAGAAAAAUCCAGAACUUUUAACAUCCCUGAAAUACUAAGUAAGAAGAUUAGUGGAAAGUUUUGCCUUUAGUAGUUGAUCUUUAGAAGUUGGAGAAAAUUGUGUAAACACAUGUCAUGACUACAACUUGGAACUACAUCCUUUAGAAAGAGGAAGAAAAUGAAGUGUGUGAGGAUGACAAGGUUUUGACAAGUUUAAGAACUUUUCCCCACCAAUUGAAACUGAAGAAAUUGAGAAACACAUGCACACACAUGGACAAACUUAACUUUUUAGUCUAGAUUCAGAAAUACUUUUUAAAAGCAGAACCUGCCAAAUCUAAACAAGCCACAUGAUCUUGGCAAAGAGGUAAUUUGAAAAAGUAUUUUAAUGACAAAAAUACUUAAGUACAGGAGGGUGAUCACAGCCGGCCCCAUUUGGCUUUGAGGAGAACCAGGGCCUCAUUCGUCCCUGGCAACACCUAACUGAUGAGAACAGGCAGAAGAGGAGGUGUUUACUGUCACUCAGGGGUCCAGGGGAAAUGUUCUGGAACCAUUCUGCAUUCAGUGGCUAAUAGCAAAAAGGAAGGGUAGUGGGCCGAAUUUCACCCAUCUAUGGGAUGUGGAGAGUGUGACCACAGUGCUUGCCUCUUGGUGUUUCUAUCAUGACCACUGGUUUGUGUGGUUAUACGUCUGGGCAGGAUGAAUUUGAAGAAUUUGAAGGGAGGAGCAUUAGGCAGGUUUACCAAUCCAGCUGCAAGUCCCGGGCAGCCUCAAAGCCAGCACUCGCUUCAAAACAGGUCGGAGGGUGCUCAGCCAGCGCCAGCCCCCUGCUGCCUCCUGCAUCUGCGGCCCCUGACUCCAGCGUGCUCCAUUCUGCCCCCCACCCCCCAGCCACUCAGCAAGACCCCAGAAGACAUCCACGUCGGCUGACCUGGAGCCAGAUGAAUUAGAUGUGUUCCAGCUUCAGUUCGUGUUCUGUUGGACGAGACGAAUAAACAUCACAGAUUCCAGGUUCAUGGUCAUUGCAAACUUUUGUGCUGUUGGUUGGACAUCUAAUAAGAGGUGCCCUUCGUGCUUGGCCUUUUGGAAGAUUGGGGGCCCUCUCCAGGACAUAAAGAGCAUUUCAGGUGUGGGGUCAUCUAGCUGUGGGCAUGAAAAUGGCCUUGAGACAUUGAAGUCCAGACAUCGCCGUGGUGGAGAUGAGCGACGCCUUCCGGCAGCCCUCCCUGUUCUACCACCUUGGGGUGCGAGAGAGUUUCAGCAUGGCUAACAACAUCAUCCUCUACUGUGACACCAACUCAGACUCCCUGCAGUCCCUGAAGGAAAUCAUUUGUCAGAAAAAUACUAUGUGCACCGGGAACUACAUAUUUGUCCCGUACAUGAUAACGCCACAUAACAAAGUCUACUGCUGUGAUAGCAGCUUCAUGAAGGGCUUGACAGAGCUGAUGCAACCCAAUUUUGAGCUGCUUCUUGGACCCAUCUGCUUACCUCUUGUGGAUCGUUUUAUUCAACUUCUGAAGGUGGCACAAGCAAGUUCCAGCCAGUAUUUCCGGGAAUCCAUACUCAAUGAUAUCAGGAAAGCUCGUAAUUUGUAUUCCGGUAAAGAACUGGCAACCGAAUUGGCAAGGAUUCGGCAGCGAGUUGAUAAUAUUGAAGUCUUGACAGCAGAUAUUGUCAUCAAUCUAUUAAUUUCCUACAGAGAUAUUCAGGACUACGAUUCUAUUGUGCAGCUGGUAGAGACUUUAGAGAAACUGCCAACCUUUGAUUUGGCCUCCCAUCACCAUGUGAAGUUUCAUUAUGCCUUCGCACUGAAUAGGAGAAAUCUCCCUGGAGAUAGAGAAAAAGCUCUUGAUAUUAUGAUUCCCCUGGUGCAAAGUGAAGGGCAAGUUGCUUCAGAUACAUACUGCCUAGUGGGCCGAAUCUACAAAGAUAUGUUUUUGGACUCUCAUUUCACAGACACUGAAAGUAGAGACCAUGGAGCCUAUUGGUUCAAAAAGGCAUUUGAGUCUGAGCCAACACUACAGUCAGGAAUUAAUUACGCGGUCCUCCUCCUGGCAGCUGGGCACCAGUUUGAAUCUUCCUUUGAGCUCCGGAAAGUUGGGGUGAAGCUAAGCAGCCUUCUUGGUAAAAAGGGGAACUUGGAAAAACUCCAGAGCUACUGGGAAGUUGGAUUUUUUCUAGGGGCCAGUGUCCUGGCCAAUGACCACACAAGAGUCAUUCAGGCAUCUGAAAAGCUCUUUAAGCUGAAGACCCCAGCCUGGUACCUCAAGUCUAUUGUAGAGACAAUUUUGAUAUACAAGCAUUUUGUGAAGCUCACUGCAGACCAGCCUGUGGCCAAGCAGGAGCUCGUGGACUUCUGGAUGGAUUUCCUGGUGGAGGCCACGAAGACGGAGGUCACUGUGGUCCGGUUUCCGGUAUUAAUAUUAGAACCAACCAAAAUCUAUCAGCCUUCUUAUUUGUCUAUCAACAAUGAAGUCGAGGAAAAGACGAUAUCAAUUUGGCAUGUGCUUCCUGAUGACAAGAAAGGUAUACAUGAGUGGAAUUUUAGUGCUGCUUCUAUCAGGGGAGUGAGUAUUUCUAAAUUUGAGGAACGAUGCUGCUUCCUUUAUGUACUUCAUAAUUCUGAUGAUUUCCAAAUCUAUUUCUGUACAGAACUUCAUUGCAAAAAGUUUUUUGAAAUGGUGAACACGAUCACCGAAGACAAGGGGAGAGGCACGGAGGACGGGGAGUGUGAAGGGGACUCCUUGGAGUAUGACUACGAAUAUGAUGAAAACGGUGACAGAGUCGUUUUGGGAAAAGGCACCUAUGGGGUCGUCUACGCAGGCCGUGACCUGAGCAACCAGGUCAGAAUUGCCAUUAAGGAAAUCCCUGAGAGGGAUAGCAGAUACUCCCAGCCUCUCCAUGAAGAAAUAGCAUUGCAUAAACAUCUGAAGCACAAAAAUAUUGUCCAGUAUCUGGGCUCUUUCAGUGAAAAUGGCUUCAUUAAAAUCUUCAUGGAGCAGGUCCCAGGAGGAAGUCUUUCUGCUCUCCUCCGUUCCAAAUGGGGUCCAUUAAAAGACAAUGAGCAAACAAUUGGCUUUUAUACCAAGCAAAUACUCGAAGGAUUAAAAUACCUCCACGACAAUCAGAUAGUUCACCGGGAUAUAAAGGGGGACAACGUGUUGAUUAAUACCUACAGCGGAGUUCUCAAGAUCUCUGACUUCGGGACGUCCAAGAGGCUCGCUGGCAUAAACCCAUGCACAGAAACUUUCACUGGUACCCUUCAGUACAUGGCACCAGAAAUAAUAGACAAAGGCCCCCGAGGCUACGGGAAGGCAGCUGACAUCUGGUCUCUGGGCUGCACGAUCAUCGAGAUGGCCACCGGGAAACCGCCCUUCUACGAGCUGGGAGAGCCACAGGCAGCCAUGUUCAAGGUGGGGAUGUUUAAAGUCCACCCCGAGAUCCCCGAGUCCAUGUCGGCAGAGGCCAAGGCCUUCAUCCUGAAGUGUUUUGAACCAGACCCCGUCAAGAGAGCCUGUGCCAAUGACCUGCUUCUUGAUGAAUUCUUAAAAGUUUCCAGCAAAAAGAAAAAGACGCAGCCUAAGCUUUCAGCUCUCUCAGCUGGAUCAAACGCAGAGUACCUCCGCAGCAUCUCCCUGCCGGUGCCCGUCGUGGUGGAGGACACGAGCAGCAGCAGCGAGUACGGCUCCGUCUCGCCCGACACCGAGCUCAAGGCGGACCCGUUCUCUUUCAAGAUGAGACCCAAAUCCUGCUGCGAGAAAGACAUCAAAGGAAUGCGCACUCUCUUCUUGGGCAUCCCAGAUGAAAACUUCGAGGAUCACAGCGCCCCACCCUCCCCCGAAGAAAAGGAUUCCGGCUUCUUUCUGCUGAGAAAGGACAGCGAGCGGCGAGCCACUCUCCACAGGAUCCUAACAGAAGACCAAGACAAGGUCGUGAGAAACCUGAUGGAAUCUCUGGCUCAGGGGGCUGAAGAACCUAAACUCAAAUGGGAACACAUCACCACCCUCAUCGCCAGCCUCCGCGAAUUUGUGAGAUCCACGGACCGGAAGAUCAUAGCCACCACGCUGUCCAAGCUGAAGCUGGAGCUGGACUUCGACAGCCACGGCAUCAAUCAAGUCCAGGUGGUCCUCUUUGGCUUUCAGGAUGCUGUCAAUAAAGUCCUUCGGAAUCACAACAUCAAGCCACACUGGAUGUUUGCAUUAGACAGUAUCAUCCGGAAGGCGGUGCAGACGGCUAUCACCAUUCUGGUUCCAGAGCUGAGGCCACAUUUUAGCCUUGCAUCUGAGAGUGAUGCUGCAGACCAAGAGGACUUGGAUGUAGAAGACGACCACAAGGAUCAACCUUCAAACCAGACCAUCCAAAGACCCCACGUCGUCGUCGAAGAUGCUGUGGCCACAUCGGGGGUGAGCACACUCAGUUCUACUGUAUCCCAUGAUUCCCAGACUGCUCACCGAUCGCUGAAUGUACAGCUUGGACGGAUGAAAAUAGAAACGAAUAGACUACUGGAAGAAUUGGUUCGGAAAGAGAAAGAAUUACAAGCGCUCCUUCAUCAAGCUAUUGAAGAAAAAGACCAAGAAAUCAAGCACCUGAAGCUUAAAACCCAACCAAUAGAUAUUCCUGUAUUACCUGUGAGUCACCUAAGUUCUCCGGGCUCAAAUACUGAAGAUUCUGAACUUACGGACUGGCUGAAAGAAAACGGAGCUGACGAAGACACUAUAAGCCGGUUUCUGGCUGAGGAUUAUACACUAGUGGAUGUUCUCUACUAUGUUACACGCGAUGAUUUAAAAUGCCUGCGGCUAAGGGGAGGGAUGCUGUGCUCACUGUGGAAGGCCAUCACCGACUUCCGGGACAAACGGUUCUGACUGUUUCCAGUCUUCGGUGGGGAUUCUCCAAAUCAACACGGAACUUCUUGCGGGACGGAGAAUCAAAGGGAAGGGAGAGAGAUGCUGCACUUUAAAUCCAGUAUUUGUUUACUUAUGUUAACAAAAACAGACAAAACACACUGAAACUUCCUAACUGCUUUUAUUUCUGUAAUUCAUAAGAAUGUUUAGGAUCAUUUCAGUCUAUACAUUUUGUACUUGGAAAUAUUUUUAAUUCAGCAGCUAUUGCACUUCAGCCACAUGUUUAUUUCACCCGAAAUGGAUGUAACGUUUCAUAUGAUUGUGCAUCACUGGAACAAAACCAGGUGACCAUGACGUCUUAGAUGUUAUUGUUUGUCAUAGGCCCUAAUAAUCUGAGUAGAAAUGCAGAUUUUCAAUUAUUGUAUAAAGCUGGGUUUUUGUUUUUUGUUUUUUGUGUUUUUUUUUAAGUGUGCAGAAUCCAAGACCAGUGGAUUUUACUUACUUAUCUGUAUUAAUUAAUUGUAAUAUUGACUGUAUUUGUAACUUAAGUUUCUGGUCCAUAGUAUGUUUGUUUGAGUCAUUUAUGUACUACUGAACUGUACCAGUUGCACAUGCCUGAAUCAUAGUAAUGUUAGCUUGUUCUAAAGCUAUCCCAUUGUGUCGAUUUACUCUAAAAAGUAAAAAGACUCUCAACACACUGUUUUGAUAAAUCCUAAAGAAUUCCUAUUUUGUUCUGUCCAAGUAGAUGAGCUACUGUUUCAAAUUGCUAGUCGAUUUUUCAGCUGUGACAUUAAAUAGAAUCUGUCUUCUAUUUGAGAAAUCUAAGAACAACUGAUAUCCAGAUUGUUCCUCAGGGCAACAGAGAUGUAAGAGAGGAUGAAGAAAAGAAAAGAAUAAACGAAAGUCGCAUAUUUUCCUCAAGGCCCCGAGUUAUCUUGAAUGACUCUUGCGUAUCUUAAAGAGUCUGCAGACCACCUCCUAAUGAAGCACACUGCAUUUUCUAUCCCAUUGCUUUUAAUUCUCAUAUUUGGGGGUGAUUUUUAACAUUUUAAGAUAAAUGUAUUUUUAUGAGCCUGCCCAUAUAAAUAAUGAAAUCUGAAGCUGCUAGAUGGAUGAAUAAAAUGAAUGAAUUCCUUGAA